UGCCCGAGUUCAGUUCAAGUUCGCGCCUCGAACGGUACAGUUUGUCACGGCUCCGCUUCGUUGCCGGCUCCUUUCCGCCUCGAAUCGUUCAAAGGAUAUCAACUAUACGACUGGCAGGAUAAUGCUUCAGCCGCUUAUCAGCUAGUGUGUUUGUGAAGUUACUUUGUGCCCAAAAAAUACUUAUCAUAUAUUUCAAAAGUUCACAAGAGUGGUGACCUAACCGAAAAACUAAUUAAAUUUCGGUCCAGUUAAAUCGUUUCUUCGGAGAUAAAUAAGCAUGUGGCCACCCAGCUUCUGUCUGUGGUUGGCUCUCGCCCUCCUUGUGGGCGUGGCCAGUGGCCAAAGCAGCAACCACGGAAACUUCGAGGAUGCCGACAAAUCCAACGAGUAUACGGAUCAGCAGUUCGACCUAAGGCACACGAUUCCCGGAGAGCCUGGCCUGGAUUAUCCUAUUUUGAGUGCUCCUCCCAAGACCAGCUUUGUGUGCCGGGGUCGUCAUGAAGGAUACUACGCCGAUGUGGAGAGUCGUUGUCAGGCAUUCCGCAUCUGUGCCCACACCGCCCGAUCGCCUCAGGGUUUCGGUUUCCUGUGCCCCAAUGGAACCCUUUUCAGUCAGAAGCACUUUGUCUGCGACUGGUAUCGCAACGUCAACUGCGACGAGUCUGAGAGAUUCUAUGACAUGAACGAGGAGAAAACCGUGGGCAGCACCCACGAGAUGAUGGAGCGAGUGCGUCACAUGAUGGAGUAUCCCAUGAAGACAAUCACAAAGGCCUUGCAGCAGGUCCAAACUCAGUCCCAGAAUCCACACCGCAGUCUCAGGAAGGACCUGAGUGGAGAUGGCGCUGCUCUCAGUGAACCAGCAGCUGUUCAGCCAGUUGUGUCCCAAGAAUCCCCCCUAGAAGUUGGUCGUGGCGAGGCCCUUAAGAGUGAGCCGUUGAUUCCGACAAAGACCGCUGCCGAUGACGAGGGUAUAUAUGUGAACAGCUUGGGAGAACUGUCAUCCGAUCCUGGCAUUCAGUUUGAUCACACCAAUGCCCACAUCAUAGCUGAGUAUCCCCGGGAGUAUCACUACCAAAAGCAGAAGAACUUUGCUGAGCGGGUGAAUGCGGGUCUGGAGGAGUUCACGGAUGCCCUGUCCACGUCUGGAGAGAACUUGGCUCCCGAUUAUAUGAAGCACAUUCGGAACACGAAGGAUGAAGCAGUUCAAAUAGAUCUGGUCUCGAAUAUAAACAACUUACUGGAUGAAGUGUCCACGGAUGUGGAUCCCUCGGUUUCCGGUUAUCAGUCGAUGGCUCCGCCGAAGGUCAAGCAGCCCUUCCGGUUCCUGAGUCGCGGAUUUGCGAUGCAGGCUGAGAAGGGAUCGCCCAAUGGCUAUGGCUAUAAGAAGCCCAAACUGACGCCCAGUACGGUGAGAUUUACGCCCAACGAGAUACCCACCGAAGAUCACAAAUCCAUUGACCACCAAAAACACAAAUUGUCCAAAACCACAAGCACUACCACUGAAACCAUUGAGCCACUGCUGAUUGCUCCAACUCUGCCACCGGUUGAGGGCGAUGAGGUAACCGUCCCGGAGACCACAGAAGCUCCAUUUACUGCCACAACCGUGCCCGAACCACUUACAUUGCUGGCACCACCGGAAUUGGCGGUUUCUGGGGAAGUUCCCGCAAUUGAAUCUAUUGGCCAGGCCGCUGCAUUAACGGCUAGCUUGCCCAUUAGCGAGGAUAUAGUUACGGCAGAGCCUAGUCCAAACCCAAGUCCCGAAUCCGUAGAGAAAACUGACGUCCAUAACGAGGCGGCUAAGCUGUUGCUGGCAGGUGUCCAGCUCACCUCGCACGACGAGGAGAGAGCUUUCCUGACCAAUCAGUUGGUGGAGAACAGUAUCCCCAGCAGCAUUCCCAGCACCACCACAACCACCACAACCACGACCACUAGCACUAGCACUACUGCGUCACCCACCUUGCUAGCCUCCACGGAGACGGUAACAGAAAUCAACAGUUUCCAGGAACGCAUCAAAGGAUAUCGCCGCAAUCGUCCUGCAGGCAUGCUGAAGAGGGCCAACAUUCGUCCUCUUCCGGUGGUGCGAGCUUCGAGCACAACGACCACCACCCAGCGAAGCACCGCCCCCACCAAGAGUUACCUGGAACGUUUGGCGGCCAGUAGGCUGCGCUUAUCCCGCUUAUCCCAGGCCACAAAGAGCACCUCGAAGGCAACCACAACAGCACCUUUCGCCAUCACCACCCCAGCGACGACAACCACUGUAUCCUCCCUUUCCCAAGUCCGCGGUGGAGCCGAGCCAGGCCCCAACAAGAAACUGGCCGUUAGAGACAUCGACCGGGAGACCAAGGUGGCACCUACUCCGGCAGGAAAAGCCAGCUGGGAGAGUGUCCACAACAAUCUGCAACGAUUCCAAGUUCAGCGCGGAAAUCGCGUCUAUACGCCAGCCACCCGAAGCACCGUCAGCUUAGUUAGCACCACUACUAGCCCAACCACGCCCAGAAGCUACAAUGUAGCACCUUCGUCCAGACCCACGGCGUCAGCGAGUCGCGGCAAGAGUCGCUAUUCGAACUUCAAGACUCAGGCGCCAGUGCAGCGAACCCGCGGCACCACCACGCCUAGAAGCAUCACCACUAGCACCUUUAGUCCCAGCACUACCUCCUCCCUGGCCUCCCUGAACCAGCACAUCUCCGCCCUGGCCUCGAACUAUAACAAUGGCUUCAGCUACAACCAGGCACCUCAGAUCAGCAAACCCAUCCAACAGUCACACGUAUUUGCCACUCACACUACUGGCGGCUUGGUUGCUCCCGUCCAGCCCCAGACCCACACCCAAUCUCAGACCACAUCCAACAUUUCGCCCUCCUCUGCUUUCCUUUCCUUCGAUAAGUUAACCCGCGCCAUUGUUGACGAAUCCGUUUUGCAGAAUUUUAAGAGUGCCCAGUCCCAACAGCAGCAACACCGCCAGCAGCAACAUGCAACGCGACAGGUGGUGAAGCAGCAACCUCCGGCAGUCAGCAGCAGCCCAUACGUCAAGCCGGCAGCAGCGCCAGCUAUUUCAAGCCUGACUGUGCCGCCACGCCCGCAACAACAGCAGCAACCACAAUUGUCGCUGCCCACGCCUCCUGGAAUUGUGAUUGCCCGCGCUGAGGGUCAGCGAAUUGCUCCCAACUCCGUGGGCAGUAUUGUCUCCAACUUGGCCACCCAGGCACCUGUUAGGAGUGGCCAGCAAGGCAACUCCUAUGUUUCCCUCAACGAUUUCCUAAACAACAAGUUUGGACAACAAAGUUCGUCGGCUUCCAGCAAUAUUGCUCCUGCUGCCACAUUGCAACAGCAACAACGAGUGCCCCAUCAGCAACAUCAGCAGCAAUAUCAGCAAGCCAUUCAGCACCAGCAGCGUAUCGUCCAGAAGCAGCCCGUUCAGCAGCAACCUCAACUGAGCUAUAUAUCGCAGCAAUAUCAGCAGCCACAGCAGCAGCAUCAGACCAUCUACCAGCAAUAUCAACAGCCCCAAAAGGUGCAACAGCAGCAGUUCCAGCAACAGCAACGCCCCACCAUCCACUCCAUCCAGCAACCCUACUUGACGCCCAACAUCUUCGUGCCCUACCAGCAACAGCAGCAACAGUUGCCCCAGUUCCCGCCACUGGCUCCUCCUGUGGCGGUAUCCACCGGCAACAUUGCCCAGGGACCGGUGAUAGCUGGACGCCAUGUGGACCACCUCAACGUACAGCUGCCCACUCUGGGUAAUGGUCUGAUCCCUGGACUGCAGCUAGCCCAGAAGCGUAGCGACGUGUCGGCCGGCCAACUGCAGCUGGUGGAUACCAACAGAGCCGGAUCGAGCAAAAGCAGGGAGCGCGCCUUCUACGCCGGGAGGACAUCCUACGACGUGCCCCAGAGCAGCGUGGGUCGGCUGCCCAACGAUGUGACGCAGACGCUCCGUAGGAGACUGCGUCGCUAUUGAAGGAUGUGACGAUAAUUAAGUACUUUGUAGCUAAAUUAAUAAACUAUUUAUGUCUAAGCUAAGUCAGUGUACCAUAGCAAUCACGUGUUUUGACCGAAACAGCCAGCCCAUGUAUGAGUGUAUACUUUUUUCAUAUUUAUUGAUAAAUAAAACGAACGAAAAGUGAA